AUGGCGGAUUUUGAACUGUUUCACUUUGACCAAGCGGGCGGCCAAGCCGACCCCCAGCGUCUCUGCCUGCUCUCCGGCCACCGAGGUGUCGCGGAGGGAAGUUAUUACGGCCAAAAGUCGCUUCCCACGGGCCGCGAAACCUCGCGCGAGGGUCCAGGACCACGGACAGAGCUCUGCCAAACGCUGAGCGAGACGUCUCGCACCCGCGGACACGCGGACGAGCAUCCGGCCAAUUCAGCUGCGGCGGGUCCGCAGCGGCCAGGACGCGGAAGCGUGCGUAAUGGGUCCCGCUCCGGCCAACUCCACGAGGAAGAGGAGGGGGAGUAUGAGGAGAAGGUGGUGGUGGAGGAAGAGGAGGAGGAGGAGGAGGAGGAGGAGGUGGACAUCCCGGAACUUAAGAUGCUGUACGACGACCUCAUCUCUGACGAGUCCGGGAAAUCGACGGAUUACGGUUUCAUAACGGCUGUCACCUGCCUGGUGACCGGCAUCAGUCUGGUCGCCAUAUCCUACAGCGUGCCGCGGGACGUGCGGGCGGACCCGGACAGCGUGUCGGCGCGCGAGAUGGAGAGGCUGGAGAGGGAGAAGGCGAGGGUCGGCGCCCAUCUGGACCGCUGUGUCAUAGCGGGACUGUGUCUCCUCACCCUCGGGGGAGUGCUGCUAUCCACCCUGCUCAUGAUCUCCAUGUGGAAGGGGGAGAUGAUGAGGAGGAGAGCUUUCGCCUACACCAAACACGCGGCCAAGUUAUACGGCUCCAUCAAUUUACGGACAGGCCCGAGCCCAACUCGACGGUCCCUCUCACGUGUGUCAGCUUGUGAUGAAGAUUUGGAGGUGCUGACCUGA